CACAAAUUUAUUAAUUUAAUGUGGUGUAUGUCAUACCUGAUCACCCCCUGUCACAAAAGGACACCAGAGGUUCCCUAGACUGUGCUGCUGUCUGUGGGAAAGUGAAUUCAAUCAGUCUCUAAUGGCCCUGCAAUAUCGCUGUCAUUGGUGCUCAACUUUGAGUUUGUGCUAAGGAAAUGUGCCAUCAAAUGUCUCACAUUCUUGGUAUCACUUAGUGGCUGCGUCUGAUCUCUGGUUACCUCUGCCCGGGGUAUGAGACAUAGAUGCGGACCCCUCUAGCACAACCACCUCCCCCACUACACUUGCUGUUUUAACGUCACAGCCCUACUUUAUAGCCAUUUGAGCCCUUACCAUCCACCAACUGUGCCUGACAGAGCACUGUUUAUUCAGCCAGGCUGAAACAUUGAACGCCCUCACCAAUUGACUGCCCUCUCCUAUUUGUGUGAUGAGUGUAGGAUGCGUUUGUUUUAAUUAGGGCCUAUCGUCUGCACGCUGUCUACAUGUGUUGUCAAUACAUAAAAGGGUAAAGACAAUAAAUGGAAAGUUUAUUCUCUUGGUGAUUAAGUCGUGAAAAGAAGCUGACACUCAAUUUAAUAUCUGUUUUCUGCGAUGUGUCAUUAGAACAGCAAUAUAAGCCAGGCCUAGACAUUCCUCAUGGGAUCUGAUAGUGGCACGGACUGUUCUGUUAAGUAUGUCUGCAUGUCUCAGCUAUUCCUCUCAGAGACCAACACGAAGACAGCACAACAAAAAAUAUUCUUAUCUAAAUCUAGCUUCCUUGCAACUGCAGUGCUCUUUCUAUCUUGCUGCUAGGGCAUAAAUAGAAAGAAUACUUUUGACCUAACUCGUUUAUCGCAUUGAUUUCAAUAAGAUAAUCUUUUAACAUAUUGAAAUAAAAAUAGAAAGAGAAAAAUGUUGUUAUUAACAACAUGAAGUGCAUGAAUGCAUGAAACAUUACAUGACACAAAGGUUUCCCAAAGUGAGGUUUGUGAAGGCAAAAUUCAAAAGAUGAAAAAUAAGAAUUAGGGAGGAUCACUACAUUAUGGAUAAUUUAUUGCUAUUGUAGAAAUCCUAGCAAAAUCAGCCACUUGAAUUAAAAGUGUUUUAUUUAUUUUUUUUGGCUCUUUGUUUCUCUAUUGUUUCUUUGGUGGUUGACCUGAGCUCAAAAAGAGGAUUUAACCCGUCCGCAACACCUCCCUGCUCCGUGCAGUGAUUCAUGCCUUUUUUUCCCGGAUAAUUCCAGCACGUCACUGAGUCCUUCCCACAAAGUUGGGAAACAGCAGAGCGUCCGUGGAAGCGAGCAGACACACGAGAGCCGCGUCUGGAAGGUUACGGUUUACCAGUAGGUGGCGACAAGUGUCUUAUUUUUAAUCAAGAAUGCUGAAGACGCAAUGGAUCCCCUAGUUCACUUGAGCCCACUGAGAGUCCGAAUCUCUGCUCUCCCACACCCCACGCGCCCACCUCGUCCCUGGGCACCCGACCCUGCGCCUUUCACCAUCUCCUGGAAGAGGGAAUAGUUUUCAUACCAACACACGGGAGAAAGGUGAAACCUUCCUGUGUAAAUAUGACUGGAUGGAGGUCUCAGUGGCAUCUGGUCCUGCUCAACUCGCUGACAUGUGGCCUGGAGAUCUGCGUGGCAGCUGGGAUCACCUACGUGCCUCCUCUGUUGCUGGAGGCUGGCGUGGAGGAACAGUACAUGACAAUGGUUUUAGGUAUUGGACCUGUCCUGGGACUUCUCUUCAUCCCCCUGAUUGGCUCAGCCAGCGAUCACUGCAACAGCAGCUAUGGCCGACGACGACCCUUCAUAUGGUUGCUGUCAUUGGGAGUUCUCCUUGCCCUUUUUAUCAUACCAAAUGCUGACGUGUUGGCUGCCAACCUGAGCUGGGGCAGCACCCGCCGCAACCAGGCUCUCCAGGUGGGCCUGCUCAUCCUAGGCGUGGGCCUAUUGGACUUCUGCGGACAGGUGUGCUUUACGCCACUGGAGGCGUUACUCUCGGACCUCUACCGUGACCGGGAUGACUGCGGACAGGCUUUCGCUAUGUUCUCCUUCAUGGUAAGCCUUGGAGGUUGCAUAGGCUAUUUGCUACCCGCCCUAGACUGGAGCGGUGGGCUACUUUCCUUCUACCUGGGAGGUCAGGCUGAGUGCUUGUUCUCCCUCCUCAUCCUCAUCUUCGUGGUCAGCGUGUUAGUGACCAUGAAGGUGUCCGAGGAACCCUCAUCCACCCUGGAACCGGUGCCGUCGGAGCCUGGACAGUGUUUUCGACGCUCAUGCUGCUAUCUGUUUCAGUGUAAGCUGCGGACUCUGAAGUCUGGCCCGCUCAUGUGCCUGCUCAGGACUUGCUGGUCCAUGACACCGGCCAUUUAUCGCAGCUACUGCCAUGUGCCACGUGUCAUGCGACAGCUGUGUUUGGCACAGCUCUGCAGCUGGAUGGGUGUCAUGUCCUUCAUGCUCUUCUACACAGAUUUUGUCGGCGAGGGACUGUACGAAGGAGUUCCCAGCGCCGCUCCUGGUUCCAUUCUCAGGCAACGCUAUGAUGAAGGUAUCCGUAUGGGCAGCCUGGGCCUGUUCCUGCAGUGCGCUACCUCAACCUUCUUCUCGCUGGUCAUGAGCAGGCUGGUGCAUCUCUUUGGGUCCAGGGUGGUCUAUUUGAGCAGCAUGGUGUGUUUCACCAUCUCCGCUCUGGUCAUCUGCUUGUCCAAGAGUGUCCUGUUGGUCACGGCUAUGUCGGCCCUCACUGGCUUUGCCUAUGCGACGCUGCAGACACUGCCUUACACGCUUACCUGCCUCUACCACAAAGAGAAAGAGGUGUACAUGCAAAGCAGCAAAACCAAAAAAAUGCACACAAAUGGAUUCACCAUCACAAGGGAUUCUGUUUGUCUGACACUAGACAACGGCCCUGGAGAUCUCAACCACAAGAGUGAGAUUUCCAAUGGGCAUGUUUCUUACAGUGGAGAUGAACCAGAGUAUUACCCACCUCUGCAUCAGAACGGUGCCGCCCUUGGUCUGGAGUCAGAGGAUUUUGGGAAACGUGGGGUGGGACUGGAUUUUGCCAUUCUGGACAGCACCUUCCUUCUCUCUCAGGUCUUCCCUACCCUCUUCAUGGGCAUGAUCGUCCAGUUCACAGAGUCCGUCACCGUGUACAUCGCCUCCUCUGCCAUCUUUAGUGCCAUUGGCAUCUAUUUUGCCACCCACAUCAUCUUUGACCAAAAGGACCUCAGAAGCUGAAAGCAGCAGUAAUCAUGUCAUGCUUGCUUUGAGGAUUAAUUGUGCUUAUCUCUAUGGGACCCAUGGACACAUCAAAAUGGACUUGAUGUAAUUCCUGUUGUAUUAUAAAGACGCUUUGUAAAGAACUAUUUUAUUGUAUGUGUAUUUUUAUAUUGAUAAUAUAUACAUGUAUUUAUAUCCCUAUGGGAAUUUAAAAGCAACCCGUUUUGGCGAGGUCUGUAUUUAUGUAAUACUAUAACCUUGUUUGACUUGUUUGUCAAACAAAAGUGUCUUAAUUUUUUUUAUAUAUAUAUUACUUUAAUAUGACUAAUAACACAAUACUGUUAUGUAUAAAAUCUCAAUCUGGUGGUCAAAUGACAAUCUGGUGUAGUUUUCUACAGGUAACAUUACACACAGACCUAGGCUAUCUAUUCAAAGUGUUGCAAACCAUCAUCAACAAUAUGACUUUUCUAUUUUGUGGCCGGGUUAUAGUAAGUUACCUUUAAAAACGGUAAAAAAAAAAAAUGUUUUAAGUAAUGCAUCUGUAAGUACACUCACCAUUGCUCAGUGUGUGUGUGUGUGUGUGUGUGUGUGUGUGGAGCUUUAUGUGUAUGAGUGCUAUGGGUAUUGACUUUGUUGAACAUUUUCCAAAAUCUCAGGAUAAAUUUCUUGUCCAGUUGUAGAAUCAUCAGUCCAGUCACAACACAAUGAACUAAUAAAAGAGGUACUGAUAUUUAAA